AGAACUGGCAGUGCCACCCUGAAAAUGCGGGAGGUCUGUCCUUAUCCGCGGUCCGGCAGUCCUCCCAGGGGCUCCCUCUGAGCUGGCUGAAUUUGCCAGGGAUUUAGGCAGUGGCGAGAAAUUAAGCUCGAAGAGCCUGCCAACGCCACAGUAAAAUAAAGGGCGAGCGGAAGAGCUACAGCCUGAUAUUGCUCAUUUUGUUACGUUGUCUUCAGCCCAGAAUUUGUAUGAUGAGAGUGAGAUGAUGGAUGCAAGGCGUCAGGUUGUGACUGUACUGAUUAACUCUGUAGCUGGAACAAGAAGUGUUUGUUUAAUGAAUGACUUAUCCAUUUAGGACUUACUUAGACCCUGAGGAUAAUCCUGUGAAUUGCAUGUUGCGACGAAAACCCACGCGACUAGAGCUAAAACUUGAUGACAUUGAAGAAUUUGAGAGCAUUCGAAAGGAUCUGGAGACCCGUAAAAAACAGAAGGAAGAUGUGGAAGUUGUAGGAAGCAGUGAUGGAGAAGGAGCCAUUGGGCUCAGCAGUGACCCCAAGAGCCGGGAACAAAUGAUUAAUGGUCGAAUUGGUUAUAAACCCCAGCCCAAGCCCAGCAAUCGCUCAUCUCAAUUUGGAAGUUUUGAAUUUUAGAGACGGAUUAUUUCGCAUGCCAGAGCCCUGGAAUGGAAUAAAAUGAUGGCAGAGGUACAAACCAGA